CCUCCCUCCUCCUCCGUCUCGGUGGCUCCCCCUCCCUAGAGCGUCCCUCACCUGUCCCUUCCGGCUCACCUGCCGCUCUGCCCCUCCCUUUCUCUAUCAUCCCGCCUCCCUCGCUCCCUCCCACCCUCCCCGCAGAGCCCGGCAACUUGGUUGCCUGCUAGGAGCGCGGCUUUCUUUCUCUCUGCGUCCGUGUGCUGCGCCCGCCCGCGCCGUGUUUUUGUGGGUGUGCUGGGGAAGGAGGAGGAGGAGGAGGAAAAAGGGGGGGGGAGCCCUUUGGAAGGUGGAUCUAGUCCAAGCUUCUCCAGAACUUCGCCCCUUUGGACCAAGCAGAUCUCCGACGCUUCCUCUCUCGCCCCCCUCCAGCCCCCCCGCAGCCACACACGCCCCCCCCUCUGGCGACCCCCCCCCUGCACCCCUCGCCCCGCCCUGCUGCACCCCAAGAUCUCAGCCCCGCGAAAUGGAUGUAAGGUUUUAUCCCGCUGCCUCGGGGAACUCCCUUCCCGGAGACCCCUCCAGCCUGGACUUUACCCAGUGUUUGGGUUACUACAGCUACAACAAGUUUGGCAACAAUAACUAUAUGAAUAUGGCAGAAGCAAAUAACGCAUUUUUUGCAACGAAUGAGCAAACGUUCCACACUCCAAGCCUUGGCGAUGAAGAGUUUGAGAUCCCACCAAUUACGCCACCCCCUGAACUGGAUCCCACGAAUUUAGGGAUGGGUGAUCUCCUCCUGCCUUUUCAAGGCCUCAGUGAUCAGUUGGGAGGGCAAGGAAAUGAAUUCACACCUCAGUUUCCACCCCAGAGUUUGGAUCUACCUUCUAUUACCGUAUCUCGAAACUUGGUGGAACAAGACGGCAUUAUCCAGAGCAAUGGAUUACAUAUGGCUUUUAGUUAG